AUGGAUAACGCGCAUCGGUCGGCCAUGGAGUCUUACGAAUCGGCCAUCGAGAUACUCAGAUACCACGUGGUGCCCGUGAGGAUCGUGACACAAAACGUAUCUUCCAACGAGAUGUUGAACACGUUGAACGAUGGACUUCAAUUGAGGUUUAAUAAGUACUCAACAAAAAUCGAAACAAUAAAUUGUGUUACGAUACUGCGUAAAAACCGAAUUGCUCAAAAUGGAGUGGUGCAUUUGAUAAGUUCCGUACUAAGUCCUUACAGUUAUUCAAAUCGAAAUUUGAUGCAAAUUAUCAACCAGAAUCAAGACUUAACAAUAUUUUCAAAAAUGCUCGAAGUUUCGCGUAUGCAUCAAAGUUUAAAAGAAACAUUUCAAACACUCACAGUUAUGGUGCCAACCGAUAUGGCAUUACAAAGAUUUCCGCAAAAUCAACUCAGAAGGAUAUUGAGUGACGAGACACUUAGCAAGGCGUUUGUGUUAAAGCACAUAUUACCGACACCUAUUUGUUUGAGUGCCGUCACCGAAGAUCAGUACGUCAAGAGUCUGGCGGACAGCAAUAAUUACGUGAAAUUCAGCUGCGAUGUGAAGCACACUGUGACGGCUCAAGGAAACUGCAUCAACAACGAUUUGAAAUUAUCGUCCAACGGAAUUAUUUACGCAAUAAACUUUGCACUGAGCUCCGAAGAAGGGAAAUCGGCGUUGCAGAUCAUGCAGCAUUUGGGUCUAAGCGAAUUUGUUCAGAUUGUCAACAUCGCCGGUCUCGCGCAGACGUUUGAAAAUUUUAACUCAUUAACCGUUUUUGCACCGACCAACAAAGCCUUCAGAUGUAUGAAUCCUAUGGAAAUGUAUCACAUCCGGUCCGACCCGAGUGCCGCCCGAGCGUUCGUAGAUUUUCACGUCGGGAGACAGAUGAUGACGGCCGAGAACAUUUACGACGGGAAAACCGUCGAGACCUUUGCUCCCGGGAAGCAACUCCGUCUGCAGUGCGUCCAGAACGAGUUCGGUGUCGAAGGACGUCGGAUUCACUUUCAAACCGUGCUAGGCUACAACGGGGCCGUUCACGUCGUCGACCAUGUAUUGUAUCCGCCGACGAUAUCCGUCGAAGACCUGAUCAGGAAAAACGAUAGUUUCAGUUUGUACGCGCAAGCGAUGGACCUGGUGCUGGGCGCUUCUCCGGGGGGUCGGACGCCAUUCGAGUUCUGCAGUGGCGUGCACAAUACGUAUUUCAUACCCACGGACUAUGCGUUCAGGAAACUCGGGGCCGUCGAAUUGAACAGGUUGUUCGGCAACCCCACACGCAUGCGACAAAUCCUCGACAACCACCGGGCCGGUCGGAUCCUGCCGUCGGCGUUGAUCGGCACGCGUCAGCAGUACGAGAUAAAAACGAAAAACGAAAUCGUCCGCGUAUCCAACGAAGACGACAAGUUUAUGGUCAACGAAGCUGAAAUAAUUGAAACGGAUAUAAUUACGACCAAUGGGCUGGUCCACGUGGUCGACGAUCUGAUUUUACCACAAAACAGACGGAGAAGCGAAUGA